UAACGUCAUUCAGGGAAAGGGCAGUGCGGUUCAGGUAAGGCAGAAGCACAAGGGACUUGAUGUGUGAACUGCUGCGUUGUACAGAGGAGCUACUGUGAGAGAGUUGCCAGCAAGCCGUGGGAAACAAUCGUAGAAUUCAGGUGCCACGUUAUUCAUUUGCCAGAGAAGAUACUUGAUUAAAAGUAACAAGUGGGCUUUACAGUGAGACAUAUCCGAUACAGAGUAGGUCUUUGCGCAAACCUUGACAUUUGUGGAAAAUAAGGAAGUCUAACGUCAGUUUUUCAUUUGGGAAAUUAGAAGAAAGGAGCAUCAUGUUCAGUUGGGUGAAUAAGGAACAAGGAGGCAGAAACAAAGACGGCGAGAUGUACCAAACUGUGACGGAAGGUCUUCAACAACUUUACACAAAAAAACUAUUGCCAUUGGAAGAAACAUAUCUUUUCCAUGAUUUCCACUCACCGGCGUUGGAAGCUGCGGAUUUUCAGAGCAAGCCAAUGGUUCUGCUGGUUGGACAGUAUUCUACCGGGAAGACGACGUUCAUUAGGUACCUUCUUGAGCAGGACUUCCCAGGUAUGCGGAUUGGUCCUGAACCCACAACAGAUGGCUUCAUCGCUGUUAUGUAUGGGGAGAAUGAAGGAGUUGUUCCUGGCAAUGCUCUAGUGGUCGACCCCAAGAAACCCUUCCGUAAACUUAAUGCGUUUGGCAACUCCUUCCUCAACAGGUUCAUCUGUUCCCAGAUGCCUAACCAGGUCCUCCAGGGCAUUAGUAUUAUUGACACACCGGGAAUCCUGUCUGGAGAGAAGCAGCGUAUUAGCCGAGGCUAUGAUUUCUCUGAAGUGCUAAGGUGGUUUGGGGAGCGGGUGGACCGCAUCAUCCUCCUCUUCGACGCACAUAAACUGGACAUAUCCGACGAGUUCUCUGAGGCCAUCAAGGCCUUCCGGGGUCAGGAUGACAAGAUCCGCGUGGUGCUGAACAAAGCGGACCAGGUGGACACCCAGCAGCUGAUGAGGGUCUACGGAGCUCUGAUGUGGUCCCUGGGGAAGGUGAUCAACACGCCUGAGGUGGCCAGGGUCUACCUGGGCUCGUUCUGGGCCAAGCCCCUGCAGAACACGGACAACCGGCGACUCUUCGAGGCAGAGACCCAGGAUCUCUUUAAGGACAUCCAGGGCCUGCCGCGAAAUGCAGCCUUGCGCAAGUUAAACGACCUCAUCAAGCGGGCUCGACUUGCUAAGGUGCAUGCUUACAUAAUCAGCUACCUGAAGAGGGAGAUGCCCUCAUUGUUUGGGAAGGAAAAGAAGAAGGAAGAACUGAUAAUGAGACUUCCUGAGAUCUACACCAUCCUGCAGAGAGAGCACCACAUCUCCCCGGGAGACUUCCCCAAUGCGGUCAAGAUGCAGGAGCAGCUUCAGCACUAUGAUUUCAGCAGGUUUCCCUCCCUGAAGAUUAAGCUGAUUGAGUCUGUGGACAAGAUGCUGGCCAACAAGAUCUCAGGCCUGAUGACCAUGAUCCGCGACGAGGAGAGCAAGGCGCCCCCAGCCAUGGUGAGCGGCGGGGCCUUCGAGGGCUCACAAGACGGGCCUUUCGGCCAGGGCUACGGGGAGGGCAUCAGCGCCGGCUCCGACUGCGAGGACUGGAUAGUGAGCCGUGACAAACACAAAUACGACGAGAUCUUCUACUCCUUGAAUCCCAUCAACGGUAAAAUCACAGGAGUCAACGCCAAGAAGGAGAUGAUGAGCUCCCGUCUGCCAAACACGGUCCUGGGGAAAAUCUGGAAGCUGGCAGACUGUGAUAAGGAUGGCAUGCUGGACGAUGAGGAGUUUGCCCUAGCGCAGCACCUGAUCAAGGUCAAACUGGAGGGGUAUGAGCUUCCCACUGAGCUACCUCGCCAUCUUGUGCCUCCGGCCCACAGGAAGAGCGAGGUCGCUGAGAUCCUCUACAACAACGACAUUGACUAAAAGGCAGAUAGCCUAGUAGUUGUAUGUUGGGCCAGUAUCCGAAAGGUCAUUGGUUCGAUGUUGGAAAAAUAUGUUUUUGGGUCCUUGAACAAGGCACUUAAUUGCUCCUGUAAGUCACUCCGGGAAACUGACUGUAAAUGUGAACUGCCAAGCCGAAACACCAAUGGACACAUUAAAAAAUGUGUGUCCCAAAGCGCCAACUUGUACGUGAUGUUUUUGCCAUGCAUACUAAGUAGAUAUUAAGUGGAAAUACUAAGUGGAUAUUAGGACGAUGAUUCAGGAUUUAAUCUAAGUAGGAAACGCAGUGGAAACCAAAGCUGACAUGAAAACAUACUACUAAAUUAAGAAUGUCUUAAUCUUUUGUUGAUAUUCUCUACUAAUGUUUUUACGUGGUUGACUGUGAUACAGUGUGGAUCCACCUUGGUGUAUUGUCUUGUCUUCUUGACAGUAGUUGAGAUUCCAUUUACUUCAAGAUUUAAAGAAUCUACUUUUCAGCUACUUAAUACAGUAUGCAUGCAGCUUACAACUUGUUAUAAUGCUUUUAUUAAUAUGAGUAUUUGUGAAAUUUUGACAAGCAGCUGCUUUAGACAGCUGAUAUGUACCUAAAUCAGCUUUCUAAAAGUACAUAAACACUGUAUUUAACUGUAUCUUUCUGACGCCUUUCAAUAGAGCCAAAUCAUAUUCUCAGAAGCAAACUUUCCCACAGUUCAUAAAUGAAGGAUUCAUGCAAAAUAUUGUCGAUGCACUCUAGUUAGUUAGUUCUAUGUCAUAAAGAAUAGUGCCCGAAUGGUUUAAAAUAAUGUCUUGUAAACAUGAUAUAUAUUAUGAUCUAAAUAUGUUUAGUCUGUUGUCAAAAUAUAGAGGAAUAAAAUAUUUGAUAGUGUGUGCCUGGAAAGAUGUCUGGGUGUAAUACAGAGUUUUAACAUUGAGGUUGACAUGAUAGACUGGACAAAGGCUGAAGUGCAUCUCUUGUUUUAACAGUCAACGACAAUGGAAAUGGCUUGUCCAUUUUACCUACUGAAAAAAUAUUUAUAUUUUCAGGGAGCACAGAUUGGUUUAGCAAAAUGACUGCUGAUGCUUCAGAAAAAUAUGUUGAGAAACUCAAACUUAUUUUUUCCUGUAUAUGUGUACAUAUGAUUGAGUGGAUUCUUUGACACAGUAUUGAUACUCAAAAGAAGCUAAUGAAUGUGCCUUUUGGACAGCUUAGACUGAUAUUGACAUAUACAAAUCUUCAAAAUAAACUCAAACCGUUGACAAGUGAACAUACCUUAAAACAAAAAAACACAAAACAAAAGCAUUUAUUUUUGGAAAUGUGUUAUGAUUUUGUAAAUCUAUUUUUCUUGAAUACUUAGUGAAUUUGUGUUCUUCUCUAGUGCCUUAAUAGUUCUACACAAUUCUUGUUUUAUUUCACUUAAUCCAGAGAUUAAGAUUGAUUAUAGGUCAGAGAGACUUCUGUGUUGUUCAGCAACGUACGUGUGUUUUCAAUGUACUGUAUAUCACUAAUGUGUCGUAUGGCCAGAUUUUUUUAUAUACAUAUUACCUGCGUGUAAACCAGCAGCUCUUGGGUAUGUGCUUGAGUAUAAAUUGUUGCCUUUCAACAUUCUAUCUACAGCGAGAAACACCAUACAAUUGAUAGUUAUUACAUAUUUUUCUAUCUUUUUGCUUCUGUUACAUGUGUUGCAUUAAUCAUGAUGUUGAAUGUUGUGCCAGAGACUCUCUUGUUUCAAAACCAAAUAGUUACAUUAAAUUCCCUUAUGUACAGCCUCAA